UAUGAAUACAUACAAGGGGCUUUUUGUGCUCGCCUUAGUGGCUUUAGUUGGUGUUUCCCUCACCCAAGCUCGUGAAAUCUCCAGGGAUAAACGUGAAGCCGUCGCCGAUUUGGAAGCAGCCGCUUCCGGUCACGGACACGAAUGGAAGAAGGGCGGUGGCCAUGAGCACCACUCCGACCACCAUGGCAGCCACGGCGAAAAGGGAGACAAGGGAUACAAGGGCCACCACCACCAUGAGAAAGGAGAAAAGGGACACCACGACAAGGAAGGUCACCAGAAGCACUACGAAGAGCACGGCGGGCACAAGAAGCACCACCACCACGAUGAUGGCUACCACGCCGAACACCACAAAGGCGAAAAGGGAGACAAAGGUCACCAAUACGGAGAAAAAGGCUCCUACAAGAAGGGACACCACACCCAGGGAGGACAUGACGUGCACAAGCUCGACGAAUACAAGAAGGAAAAACACUUCUACGAUGAAGACCAUGACUCCGGCCAUCACGAGAAACACGGAGGAUACCACCACGAAGAUGGAUACAAGAAGGGAGGCCACAAGAAGGGAGGACACAAGAAGGGAGGACACCACGAUGGUCACUACGGCAAGAAGCACUCUCACGAGAAAGGAGGACACCACCACGAAGACAAAGGACACAAGGAAGCCGGUGGACAUGACGACCACUACCACCACGAAUCCCACCACGGAAAGAAGGGAGGUCACGAAGGACACAAGCACUGGGGAUACAAGAAGGGUGGCCAUUAAGAUGUUCGAGGAUAGUGUGAUUGAAUUUGUUUCUGUUAAUGUUAGGUGUUUCCAUCCAAUUGUUAUUGUUGCAUUG